CGACGACCGAAGACAGCCGGCGUCAAUCAUGCUGCCAUACCGACGGCUAAUUAUUUGUUGAUCAUAUGCAAAUUGCACCGACAUGUGGCGAAUCAUACUGCUGCUGUUGAGCGGGAGCGUCGUUGGAUUAAAUUCGGGAGAUGUGAGUUUUGUCCGGAAUGUGGCGCUACGGAAGCCGGCUAUUCAGAGCUCGACAUUUCGCGAUAGUGCGGUGAUGUUUGGCGCGCGUCUGGCCAACGACGAUUCCCCGUUGACAUGCUCCAAAACCAAGUGGUCAUGGACACUGUUCUGGAGAGUCGAUCUACAGGAAAUGCUGCCAAUCGGUGGAGCGAAUUUUACUGUGCGAUGGGAGUAUUUUGGUAGAGAGAACAGAUUUCUCUACCGGAUCCAGCUGCAAGUAGGCCAAGAAAAUGUCCCCGCUACGCCCAGCUGCGGUGUCGCCACUGUACUUUUGGAUCGAGCGGAUAACUUUCCGGUUGAAAUCAUCUGCGAGCGCAUCACACCGGGCCGGUUCGUUACCAUCAACAUCGAGCCGCACUACGCCGGCACGGUGUCCACCGGCAGUCCGCAGCUGACGCUGUGCGACGUGCAGAUCUUCAGCAUCAUUAACGCCACCACCGCCGACAACAUCGCCGCGGCGUCCAGUCUGACGGAGAACGUCCUGAAGAGCGAGACAGUGGCGACGGCGGGGGGUGCACCGGAAGUGUUGCUGUUCGCUACCAAUACGCCGUUCCCGCUGGCAAAUGCCACACCCACCAACCAAGUCAACCGGACACAGCGACGAUUACUGAAGGAGCCAACGGCGUCACCGGCGGGACGGUUUGGGAAGAUUCUGCAGAAGAUGCCGGCACAAAGUACCACUCGGAAGCGGCUGAUCAUGCUAACCACUACCACGCUACCGGUAAAUACGACCACGGAGAGUGUGGUGAUGAUGGAGGAUUUGCCGGUUGAGCGGAAUAAACAAGCCGAGACGGAUGAUGAGAUUUUAUACCAGCUGCAGUCCAUACGGCAGGAUGUCACCGGCAAAUUGAUCUCUAUUUAUAACUACGUGGUAUUUUCCGGUGCGGCCAUCGCCAUCCUGGUGAUCCUGAGUGUUAUCGCGGGAAUUUUGCUUUUAUGGAGGUACACUUUGACACGCACCCACCUGACCGGCUCAUCCCGCGGCACCAGCAUCACCCAGGACUUCUCUUUCAAAGCGCCCUCCCCGCCCAUGACCCAGCUGGCACCGCUACCGCUCAUUCCACCGUCGGCAUCGCAGCCCACCCGGCAUUUACCGCGCGCGUCCCAUCAGUACCUCAAAUCCUUCCCCAAAGACUCCGUUCCCAAAGCGCCGCAUCGCAGUUUUUAAUGCCGUCCGACGGACUUUUAUUUCGUAGUUAGUUUGGGCUUAUAAUUUAUUUUUCUUGUCGUUCUCUGUUCUGUAACUUCUGCUACGAGUGUUCUUAUGCUUUUUAAAUCUGAUCCUGAUUUAUUCAUUUAUUUAUUGGGUUUGAGUUUUCUUAGGUUUUCUCAUUGUGCAUUUGUAUAUUUUUCUGUGAAUUGUAGGGCAGUGCAAGAAUCUGUUAUCCGUCAUUCUGGAACUUACUUAUUAUU